UUUGAAUAAAACUUAAUUUGAUUCAUGUAUAUACGAUGUGGCUGUGCAAACGGAGGUUGGUAUUGUCAUUUCUGAAACAGCUCCUGCAGUUUACUGUGUUAUUAGCCCUGUCACAAGCUAAUGCUAAUGCCCUGGAGCAACAAAAAACUGAUUCUGACCAAACCGCAGUCAUAACAACGUUUCAAAAUAGCAGGGAGUGUCUUUUUACCUCACUGAUGGCAUAGCUAGGUCUUUAGUGGAAACUGAACUUUGUUAGAAUCGCUGUAGCUGCGCUGACAGUGACCGAUGCGAGCUGUAUGUUUACAUAGCCAUGAGCUGGUCCGCAGCAUUCAGAUCUAACCUUUCUGUACUCUAAACAAUUCUGAGAGAGAGAAAGCUUCAUCUUUCCCCCGUUUUUGUGGCACCCACGGACAGCGCAAUUGAUGCCAAACAUGUUAAAAUCGCUUAAAAGAACAGUUAAAAGUAGCUACAGUAGCGAGAGGACUCGAUGUUGUUGUAGGGCAAAGACGGUCAAUCGGAAGUCGCUCUCAAAAAUGGUGCCGCCCUGCCUCACUUCCUGAAUAAGGUGAAUAGCAAGGGUUCACUGUACAAUAUGAUCUGCAGUCAAAUAUUUUGUUUUCCUUCUAUAGUUAAUUAUAAAUGUAUUACUUUCAGUUCACUGUGAAAUAUGGGGGCAACAUAUAUACAUGAAAAGCAUAAGUCAGGGGAUGGAUAGAACAAAAUGUCCACGUUAUUUAAUAUCUCUUGGAGUACAAGAAAUUAGAUCAUGAGAUUAAAAUUGACCAAAGCGCAACAGAAAAUUAUCUGUUGCAUACUUAUCAUUUGUGCUUCUUCCAGUUGCACCACCAAGGCCCAUAUUCACGAAGGUUCCUACUACAAAGAUUUUCUCUGAAAAGACACGACUUUUUCUGAGUAUUUUCCCUUUAUUGUUUAGACUUGAUCAAAAACAAAAAUAAAAGUUCUUCACGAAUCAUUUUAGCUUUUCAGAGAGCUAAUGAGAAUGUUGAGAGUAGGAAAGAACACUUGUAUAAAGCAUAAGAGAUUCUUCAGCAGAGAUAUACUAUCCAAAUGCUGAAUGACAGUGAAUUAAUGAAACGCUAUGGAUUUGAUCGAGUAGCGUAAACGUUUGUGUUAGACGUAUGUAACAACACCUCAGUAACAUCAAAAAUGAAAAUGAUCACAACACUAAGAGCUGGAAACUGGAUAAAUGAAACAGUGCAGCACUGAUGACUUCAAUUGUUGAAUUAUGAGUUGUUUUUCCUUGUUAAUAUCAACUUGAUUUGGUAUUAACUUGCCAGAACAGUAAAUAAAUGUAAGCAAAUCAAUUACCAUCGUUACAAAAAGCUAAAGCUGCAAAUUCCUUCUGUGUCAAAGUUCAGUAGAGUACAGUGGCUCUGAGAGGUUCUUUGUUUGCCAUGUUCACCAUGUGAGUUCAGCAUGGUAGCUCAUUAUUUAGCACUAAAUACAAAGUGUAGCAGAAGUUGGUGAACUGACCAAAUGUCAAGUCAGUCCAUCCAUUUGCAACAGUUACUUUGCUCAAAACCAGAAAUGUCAAGCACAUGGUGGCCUUACAGAGAAGUCAGGGCAUCAGUUAUUUGGAUUCACUGUGUGGAGAACCAUACAUAUCCAAACUAAAUACAAUGGCAAUCUGUUUAGCAGCACAUGUACCAACUUAGUGACAGAGGUUGCAAUGCUGCUAGAAUGGCUAAAAAUGAAGAUGCAAAAUGGAAAAUGUGACAGGAACGAUCUUAAGUAAAGACUAGAAAAGCAUUCGGAGAGUGCAGACCUCCGCCAGGCCAUCGCUCAAUUGUACAGAUGACCAAUCGGAGUUUGUCUGUCUGUCUGUUUGUCUGUUUGUCUGUUAACAGCAUAACCCAAAACGUAAUGGACGGAUUUAAUUUAGUUUUAACAGUUUGUGCACAAAGCAUAACAUGCAUGUACAGUGUAACAGCACAGUGUUUUGACGCACGCACAUAACGGUAGCGUUGCGCGCGCGUGUGACGGUACCGUACGCGUCGCCGCCGCUUCGUUUCGUCGGUCCCGACUCGCUCGUGCAGGCCGAACCGGCCGCGCGGAAUUCGGCCAUCGCCCGGGAUCUUUGUGCACAAAGCAUAACAUUCAUAUACAGUGUAACAGCACAGUGUUUUGACGGCGGCGGCGCCGCACACACGUAACGGUAGCGUUGCGCGCGCACGUGACGGUACCGUACGCGUCGCCGCCGCUUCGUUCCGUCGGUCCCGACUCGCUCGGGCAGGCCGAACCGGCCGCGCGGAAUUCGGCCGUUGCCUGGGAUCGAUCCAGCGACCUCUGUCUGUACAAUUGAGAGAUGGUCUGGUGGCCAUCCCUCGCAAUUGAUCCUGGAUCCAGACGGUGAUCCGGAUCACCUCCAAAAUCUAAUCGAUUGUUACUUUUGCUCUUCCGGACAUCCUGUAAAAAUUUGGUGAAAAUCCGUCCAUGACUUUUUGAGUUAUGCUGUUAACAGAUAAACACACACAAGACGGACAGACAGACAAACAAACUCCGGUGAUUACAUAACCUCCUGGCAGAGGUAAUAAUAACUGACAAAGGGAGCAGAUUGGUUAAGAUCUAUGUGCAACUAAAACUUUGUGCUGCUGAAAUACGCUAUCAAUAUGUUAACAAGAAAAUGCAAAGAUAGCAUGAGUUGCACAUCACAAAGUCUACAAAGCAAAACAAAACAGAUAAAUGUCAGUGUCAUCUACUGGGAACAUUGGUGUAUAAAUGGAUCUACUAGUAGCAGAUUUAGCACACAGUCACAAGAAUGCAUGUGAUUGCUGCUCCUCUGCUUAAAAAUGGGACGACAACACUCUUAUACUUUCAACUUACCUUUCCACCACAUGGGAGUGAAAUUUUAAAGGGUAAAAGGGCACCAAAAAUUUCACUGUUGUGUGUCUUCAGUGCAGCACAAUAGAGGUCAUGUAUGUGGGGCAAUUCUCAUGAAUUAAGACUUUGAGGUUACCGCUGGGCACUCCGAUGAGUGAGAAAAUGUUUCCUCUUCAGUCAGUCCUAAUUUGAAAUUGAAUCAGGGAACAUUUCUGCUCGUUUAACCCAUGACUUACUGUCUGUAAAACUGUAAAUAUAGCUGCUUUGACUAAAUAAACAUUCCAGUAGUCUGAUUAUCAUUAAAUUCUGCUGUUAGUGAGUUGACACAUGCUCUGUUCUAGUCAGCUGAAACAUUCAAAGUCAGUACUGAAACUCUUUGUGGCUGUCAAAUAAUCAUGAAAUGGAUUUAACCAGUGCAUGAGUUGCAUAACCGAAACAAAGGUUCCACUGACACAAAAAAGAGGCGUGAAGCUGGUUUCUGUGGUUCUUUCAGUUUGUCACAGAAUUCAAAGAAAUGGUAGAGUAGGCUUUUACACUGAGACCAAUACUGUCUGGUAUGUUGAUAUUCCAUUUUUACUUAUUUGUCAAAAAUAUAUUAAAUAAACCAAAACUACAGACUCAUCAAAUUAACUUGAUUUAAGUUCACUUCUUGUAAAAAUCACAAAUAGUAAGAAAAGGCACAUCCAAAUAGCCCAGAGUCAAAACAGAAAUCCAGUGAUUGAAAAAUACUGGAAGUGAUUCUUGAAUGAAGAAAAGAGAAGUUAACCAGCACAGUUGACGAGAACCCUAAAUGAUUUCCACUCUAAUAGUCUUGAUAUGAACUAAAAAAGUCACUUUAUUAGCAAAUGAAGAACAAAAGGGUGUCUAAAAGGAUUCUGAGGCUGAAAUACAAAAAGUACAUUUAAAAAUCAGUGAAGUUUACAAAUGAGAAAAGGAAGAAUGAAUUCAUGUGAAAGUCUGAUACACUCAUCUCACACUGAUAAUGUCAUGUGUGUGUCUGCUUCAGACUAAUGCAAGUCAGAUAAUGAACAGAUAACGAUAUGAUCACACAAGCUGCAAACAUGCAAACCUACCAUGCAAAGGAUGUGGUUAAGUUACAAAAACAUAGAUAAUAAUCAUAUUUGCCAACAAGCAAAAUGCUAUAUAAAGAGAUCAGCUCGACCACUAAGAAUACAAGUCAGUUGGGGUCUUGCGGGCGCCAUGAAUGGUCUGCACAAACUUCUGCUUCUGACAUGUCUCGGACAAAUCGCACAUGGGAGCGACAUCAUACAUGGGGAAAAAGCCUCGGAGAACUCACUGCUGUACAUGGCCUCGGUGCAGACCCCCAGAGGUCAUACAUGUGGAGGAUUUCUCAUCACUGAAGACUUUGUGGUCACUGCUGCGCACUGUGACAAUAACCCUACACAUGUUGUUCUUGGCACCCACGAUCUCAGGAGAUCCCCUAAUGAAAGGAUAAGUAUUGAGAAGAAAUUCAAGCACCCAUUAUAUCAGAACGAUGUCGUACUGGGUAAUGACAUCAUGCUUCUCAAACUGUCGACAAAAGCUCAACUGAACAACAGAGUCAAAACAAUUCAAUUCGCAACUUCCGAAACAAAUGAAAAUGCAAACUGCUACGUGGCUGGUUGGGGUAAGACUAAAACUGGCGGCCAUGUUGUCAACGAGCUCAGAGUGGUGAAAGUGUCCAUCAUUGACCAACAAGUCUGUCAGGAUAGAUGGGAUAAAAUUCGUCUCCCUGCCAAUGUUAUCUGUGCAGGUGGAUAUGGCACCAAGGCAGGAUUUUGUCAGGGGGACUCUGGUGGUCCUCUGGUGUGCAACGGGAUGGCGGUCGGUGUCGUGUCUUUCAACAAAGGUCGAAACUGUACUUACCCCAAUGUGCCCAACGUCUACACGGAUAUCUCAAAACAUGCCUCCUGGAUCAAUAGCAUGAUCAAAACAUUCUAAAUAAAAAUCCUGCUCAGAGUUUUACCUUCGCAUAAUUGCAGUAUGAAGGUUGUUUCUGUGUGAUUGCUCUGGCUCUCUGCUUAUUUCAUUUUAUUUUAUCUGCAUUUUUCAUCUAUUGUGUGGCUUCAGAAUUAUACAUCACAGUGUUCUUUUGUGUGUUUGCACUGCUAAAUGUAGGACAAAUUACCCCUCUGGAAUAAAAAAAAAUAAUUUCCUCGACCCUGUCAAUGCAAAUGAAAUUACAAAUAAAAGUGUAUUUGGCAUAA